AUGUUCUUCCUGAUCUUCUUCGGCGCCGUCGCCGCCUGGGUGACGUUCUUCUUCCUGCGCAUCAAGUGGGAAGAGGAGAAGCUGGAUGAUCUGCCGAAUCGGCCGGUGUUCAUCACCGGAUGUGAUUCUGGUUUCGGCCACGACACCGCGCUCAAGCUGUUGAGCAUGGGCAUGCCAGUGUUCGCCGGCUGCUACACGGAGGAGGGUCUCGAAAAGAUCGAGAAGGAGGCCUCUAACUACACCAAGGGCAAAUUCAAGGCGAUCCGCGUCGACGUCACCAACGACGAGAGCGUCGACCGGAUGGGGACAUGGCUGGAGAAAGAGGUGCAACCGUAUGGAGGGCUCUGGGCGGUCAUCAACAACGCCGGCGUCGGGUUCAACGUGUUCCUCGACGAUUUCCUGAAGCACGAGGACUAUCGGCUGACGAUGGAGAUCAACUUCUACGGCAUCAUGCGCGUCGUGCAUAGGCUGAGGAGGGCGCUGAAGCAAAGGAAGGGCCGUCUGAUCAACGUGACGUCAAUCCUUGGACGCUGCCCGGCCGCUGGCAUCGGCCCCUACAUCAUCUCCAAGUUCACCGCCAACGCCUACACCGAAGUGAUCCGAAAGGAGCUGGCGAUCUGGGGAGUUGAGGUGAUCCACAUCGAGCCCGGGUUCGUCAAAACGCCGCUCACCGACACCGAGAGGAUCCGGAAGAAUAAUGAUCAUCUUUGGGAACGCGCCAGCCCCGAGCUGAAGGCCGAGUAUGGAUACGAAUUUUUCAAGAAAACCUGCGAGAACCAGGCGAUGAUGAUGAACGGGCUCGGCGCCAACCACACCGAUCGCGUCGUGAACAUCUACGUGAAGGCCGUCACCUCGGUGAACACGCGCCGCCGGUACAAGGUCGGCAUCGACACCAACUUUUUG